UUUGUUAAGAAAUUUACAAUUUUUUUUAGCAACUCAGCAAACAACUCCAGAUAAAUUAAAAGCCCAAAACAUUGAUCUACAUGUCCUCCGCCCAACGAUGAGGACACCGAAUUGAGCCCACAGAGCACUGAAGACCGGGGCGGUGAACUCCAUUCGAAACGAAAAGCUUCCCAAAAUACGUUAACCAAGGAACCUGUGGAAUCUACCUAAUUGUUUUGCCUUAUUUACAUUUUUUUGCGGCCCGAUGUCGGACUCCCUGGUCAUUUGCGUCUGCGACUACUGGCAGCGGUGCCAUUUCCACAAUCGUCCAAAUCGCGAGGCCGGCGACUCGUGUCCUCCGGCAUCGAAAUCCCUGAGGAGGCUGUGCAUCCAGGUGGAUGCCAUCAAUGGCAACUACUACCUGCGCGAGUUCCUCGAGCAGAAGCAGCUGGCCGAGAGCCUGAGGAGGCAGCACGGCGUCCAGUUGGUUUGGCUGUCCCUGGAGCCGCCCGAGAAGGACACCGUCGACUAUCGCUUUGCGGAUAUCCUGGCCCAUACGCUGUGGGAGCACAUCGAGGUGGAGCACCUCAUGUCCUGGCUCUCCACCCUGGGCGGUGGAUUCUCCGCCCUCGGCGAGCAGUUCGAGCGAUGUGCGGAGACGGCCGGCAAGAUCUCGCUGCAGCAGCUGAAGAUCGGACUGCGACUCGGAGAUCCCUUCCUGCAGGCGCGCUGCAAGCUGUACUUCAGCAUCUCGCUCAUUCAGCGCGGCCAGCUGCGCACGGCAAAGCAUCUGAUCCGAGAGCAGUACGCCUUCGCGAGCCGCAACGCCGAGAAGGAUGUGCGCCUGGUGCGGAUGUGCCUGGGCAUUUGGCAGCGACUUAGCUACGAGUACGAGCAGCGGCGGAUGCGGAAAAGGCACUAGGACCAAGACCCGAGUACGCCGAUCAAAUCAUGUAUAUAUGGGGAAGAUGGAGGAGAGCGGCCCGGUGUUCCUUUUGAUUAUACGCCAGUUGUAGGUAAUGCAAAUUGUUUUCAAUAUAUUUAUUUAAUAUGUAAUUGUAUAUACGUAAAAAAUGCAUUUACAUUAUUCAUUUA